AUGGUUCAUAAAGAAACAAAAAAGAAGAACCUUGACGUAGUCAUCGAGGAUAUUACCACGACAACGACAACGAAAAAGAAUGAAACGAAACCAUUUGAAAGACCACCAAUUGAUCUAAUUCAAGAUAUGAAAGAUGGCAUUCGAUACAUAUUAUUUAAUAAUCAGGCCAAUUUAAUCAUAAUGCCCAUAUUAUUAUUGAUUGAAUCCAUCGUUUUGAAAUACAUUAUUUUUAAAAUCCCAUAUACUGAAAUUGAUUAUAAAGCUUACAUGGAACAAAUUGAAAUGAUAACAUAUGAUAAUGAAUUAGAUUAUUCAAAGAUUCGUGGUGGUACAGGACCGUUAGUUUACCCUGCAGGUCAUGUUUUCAUCUAUAAAUUAAUGUAUAAAUGGAUUACUGAUGGAAUGGAGAAUAUUCAUGAUGGUCAAGUAGUAUUUAGAUAUUUGUAUUUGAUUACUUUAUUGGGUCAAUUUAUUUGUUAUUAUAUUAUGGGGUUGAAACCAUGGUGUGUUGUUUUAGCUUGUAUGUCAAAGAGAUUGCAUUCCAUAUAUGUGUUAAGAUUAUUUAAUGAUUGUUUUACUACUGCUGUCAUGGUUUGGGUUGUAGUAUUAUUGUUAUGUGGUGGUAAAUUACUGGAAUUCAAGAGUUCUACCAAAAAAAUGCAAGAUAAUAGCAGUAAAACGAUAAAAAAAUGGCAUUUAAUUUGUUUAUCCAUUGUAAUUUCAAUCUUAUACAGUUUUGCUAUCAGUAUCAAAAUGAAUGCAUUGUUAUAUUUCCCCAGCAUAAUGAUAUCUUUAUAUUUAAUUAAUGAAGGUCAAUUGCUCAAUAUUAUUGGAUAUUUAUUCGUGAUAUGUGGGAUCCAAACUAUUAUUGCAUUACCCUUUUUGAAAACAUAUCCAAUGGAAUAUUUCGAAAAUGCAUUUAAUUUUGGAAGAAAAUUUAUGUUUGAAUGGAGUAUUAAUUGGCAAUUUUUACAUGAAGAUGCCUUUAAUAAUGAAUUUUUCCAUUUAUCAUUAUUAAUUUGUCACGUCAUGUUAUUAUUGACUGUGAUAUUAAUUAAAUAUCCAGAUUUUUUACUAAAUGUUUUGGAAUCGUUAAGUUAUCCAUUAAGUGAAACAAUUACAAAUAAUAAGGACAAUUUGAACUCUAUUACUUCAAUCAUAUGUUACAUUGUAAUUGUCACUAAUUUUGUUGGAGUGAUAUUUUCUCGAUCUUUACAUUAUCAAUUCUUAUCAUGGUAUCAUUGGACGUUACCAUUAUUAAUUCAUUGGUCUCAUAUGCCAAUAUAUUUAGGACCCAUGUGGUAUUUAAUUCAUGAAUAUUGUUGGAAUUCGUACCCACCAAAUAAGGGGGCAAGUAUUUUAUUAACUUGUGUGAAUGAUAUUUUAUUAUUUCUUGUUAUUUAUUACCAUGGAGAUAGUGAUGUUAGUACAAAUGAGACAAUGAAUACGAAAGUUACUAUGGUUGAGGAUGAUAAGAAGGAAAAGUAA